AUGUCCCCAGCCGCUAUCAGCAACACGAGCAAUGGUACUGCCCACGCCCCUAAGCAGAAUGCUUGGGUUGGUCAUCUCGGUGCUGCGGGGUUCGACCUGAGAAGCGAUACCAUGACCACUCCGACGGCUUCGAUGCUCGCUGCCAUUCAAACUUGCAGCUUGCUAGAUGACGUCUUCGUAGAGGACCCCACAACCAUCGAACUCGAGUCUCAUGUCGCUGCUCUUGCUGGCAAGGAGUCCGCUCUCUUGGUUCUUUCCGGGACCAUGGGUAAUCAAGUGGCCCUUCGGGCCCUCCUCACGCAACCUCCGUACAGUGUAUUGAGCGACCACCGCGCUCACAUUAUCAAGUACGAGGCUGGCGGCGUUGCUUCGCUUUGUGGCGCCAUGCUACAGCCCGUGGUACCGCGCAAUGGAGCCUACCUGACAAAAGAGGACAUUGAGGCCCAUGCUGCUCUUGAUGAUGAUGUUCAUACCUGUCCUACCAGGGUCAUCAGCUUGGAAAACACCCUCGGCGGCGUGGUUACCCCCUUGGCCGAGGUCAAAAGGAUAGCCGAAUUUGCACGCGAGAAUAAUAUUAAGCUACAUUGCGAUGGUGCCAGAAUGUGGGAGGCCGUUGCCUCCGGGGCCGGUAGUCUCUCCGACUACUGUUCACUAUUCGACACAGUCAGCUUGUGCUUCUCAAAGGGCCUUGGUGCCCCGAUUGGAAGCAUCGUUGUGGGCGACGCAGCGCACAUCAAGCAUGCCCGCUGGGUGCGUAAGUCUAUUGGUGGUGGUCUCCGACAAUCCGGGCUGGUGGCGGCUCCUGCCAGGGUUGCCGUUGACGAGACGUUUGGAAAGGGGCCCAACGGCGAAGAUGGUCUUCUGAAAUCGUCCCAUGAGACUGCAAUGAAGAUCGGGGAACUCUGGACCAGUCUAGGCGGCAAGCUUACUCUUCCAGUUGAAACAAACAUGUGCUGGCUUGAUUUAGAUGCUGCAGGGUGCAGCACGAAGACUUUCAUCGCUUUGGGAGACGAGGUGGGAUUGAAACUCAUCGGCAAUAGGCUGGUCAUCCAUUAUCAGAUUGCUCAGAACCAGGACAAGGUUCUCCCGAGGUUAGAGCAAGUCUUCCGGCGAGCAUUAGAUGGUGAAAGUCAAACGACAGGAGAGAAAAAGGGACCGAAAAAUAUGUAUCAGCCGCGGUGA